GAAUAAGGGGGCUUUUACAAAAACUAGACGUUACUGUCGUUAUAUAAUCCAACAUUGUUCAACGUUACACUGCUCCACUGCUCAGUGUUCAGUACACUCGCCUUUUGGUAUAUUCACCCACUCCGCUUCUCUUUCCUUUCCAUUGUUGCCUUUGUACUUCACUCUUUCCUCGUACGCUCUCUCCAUUAGUUCUUCCUUAUUUCUUGGUCUUUUUACCUUUGGGUUUCUUUAUAAUGGAUACUUCUGAAACCAAGGCUGCGAAUGUGGUAAGCUGUCGUUCUGAAAUAGAUGACCCCAUUUUGGAGGAGAAGGAAAAUGGUUGCGUUAGGGCGGAGAUUGACACUUCUGCUCCGUUUGAGUCGGUUAAGGAGGCUGCAAGUCGGUUUGGUGGAAUUGGGUUUUGGAAACCCACUCUUCACAAGUCAUUUGGGGAUUCUUCUGAGGGUGCUGAAGAGAAGAUUGACAUUGCAAAAGUGGAAGAACAGGCUGCACAGUUGGAAAAAGAUCUCAUUGUGAAAGAGAGGGAAACACUUGAUGUCUUAAAAGAACUGGAAAGCACUAAAGUUCUGAUGGAAGAGCUGAAAUCAAAGUUGCAGAUGGAGGCACAUGAGGUCAAUGCUACACUAGGUGCUGAUUCCGAAGCUAAGGAUUUACAUCUUGCUGAUGAAGUAGCAGAUAAGGAAAACAGUGAAAACAUUGUAAGAAAUAAUCAGGACACAACUAGUGGUUUGGAUCUGUGUCCAUCUUCAGCUCCAGGUUUUAUAUUAUUGGAAUUAAAACAGGCUAAACUAAACUUAACCAGGACAACUCGUGAUCUUGCUGAUAUUCGAACUACUGUUGAAUCAUAUAACGAGAAAAUUGAAAAAGAAAGAAUCUUUCUUGAGAAGACCCGCCAAAGAUUAUUUUCAAAUUCCUCAAAGAUUUUAUCCCUUGAAGAAGAGUUAAAUAAAACAAGAGAAACACUAAAGCUGGUAAAACAGGCCGAAGGAGGUUCAUGUGAUCCUAUCAAUUUGAUGAGGGAGCUUCAAAGACUGACUGCUGAGACUGAGCAGUUUAAGAAAGUAGGAGAAGCUGCAAAAUCAGUAGUAUUGAGGGCUAUGUCUGAGAUUGAACAUACAAAGUCAAGGAUCAAAACAGCAGAGAUCAGGUUGGUUGCAGCCAAGAAGAUGAAAGCAGCAGCUAGAGCUGCUGAAGCUGUUGCUCUUGCUGAAAUCAAGGCCCUAUCAAGCAGUGAAAACUCAUGUGCAGCUUUACCUCAAAGGCCUGCGGAAGGGGUAACUCUUACCUUUGAGGAGUAUUCGUCUCUUCUGUCCAAAGCUCAAAACUCACAGGAAGCUAGCAAGCAAAGAGUAGUAGAUGCAAUGAUGCUAGUGGAUGAGGCUGAUGUGUCUAAAACAGAAAUAUUGAAGAAGGUAGAAGAAGCUACAGAAGAAGUUAAAGUUAGUUCGAAGGCAUUAGAAGAAGCACUGAGCAGAGUGGAGGCUGCAAAUGAAGGAAAAUUAGCAGUAGAGGAAGCUCUGCGCAAAUGGAGGUCUGAAAAUGGACAGAGAAGAGGUUCAGUACAGAACCCAACCAAGUUUAAAAAUCCAUCCUCAUCUCAGCAUAGGAAAGAUUCUGUCCUGGUUGAUGUCAAUGGCCUAACUCUUGUCAAUGAUGAGUUAAAACCAGUUCUAAAGCCAACUCUAUCAAUAGGGCAAAUAUUGAACAAGAAGUUGCUUUUAACAGAAGAGAUUGAGAAUGGAAUUCGGGCUGGAAAAAAAGUUGGAAAGCGUACAGUGUCACUGGCCCAGAUGCUUGGGAAACCCACUGGUGAGUUGCAUGUUAGUCGAAAGGAUGAGAAAGAGAAUGGAGUUAGGCAUCAUCUCC